UUACUAUGACAAUUACAGUUACUAUGACAAUUUCAGAUACUGUGACAAUAAGAGUUACUAUGACAAUUUCAGUUACUAUGACAAUAAGGGUUACUAUGACAAUUUUAGUUACUAUGACAAUAAGAGUUACUAUGACAAUUUCAGAUUCUAUGACAAUAAGAGUUACUAUGACAAUUUCAGAUACUAUGACAAUAAGAGUUACUAUGACAAUUUUAGUUACUAUGACAAUAAGAGUUACUAUGACAAUAAGAGUUACUAUGACAAUUUUAGUUACUAUGACAAUAAGAGUUACUAUAACAAUUUUAGUUACUAUGACAAUAAGAGUUACUAUGACAAUUUCAGAUUCUAUGACAAUAAAAGUUACUAUGACAAUUUCAGAUACUAUGACAAUAAGAGUUACUAUGACAAUUUCAGUUACUAUGACAAUAAGAGUUACUAUGACAAUUUUAGUUACUAUGACAAUAAGAGUUACUAUGACAAUUUCAGAUACUAUGACAAUAAGAGUUACUAUGACAAUUUCAGAUUAUAUGACAAUAAGAGUUACUAUGACAAUUUCAGAUUCUAUGACAAUAAGAGUUACUAUGACAAUUUCAGAUACUAUGACAAUAAGAGUUACUAUGACAAUAAGAGUUACUAUGACAAUUUCAGAUUCUAUGACAAUAAGAGUUACUAUGACAAUUUCAGAUACUAUGACAAUAAGAGUUACUAUGACAAUUUCAGAUACUAUGACAAUAAGAGUUACUAUGACAAUUUCAGUUACUAUGACAAUAAGGGUUACUAUGACAAUUUUAGUUACUAUGACAAUAAGAGUUACUAUGACAAUUUCAGAUUCUAUGACAAUAAGAGUUACUAUGACAAUUUCAGAUACUGUGACAAUAAGAGUUACUAUGACAAUUUUAGUUACUAUGACAAUAAGAGUUACUAUGACAAUUUUAGUUACUAUGACAAUAAGAGUUACUAUGACAAUUUUAGUUACUAUGACAAUAAGAGUUACUAUGACAAUUUCAAGAUACUGUGA